AUGUAUUUGCGAAGCCUGUGCUGAAUCUUUAGGAGUGCUCAGAUCUCUUCGGUAUUUAUUCGGACAUCGCCAUGUUGCCUUCAUGGCACGACCCCACAGCCAACAGACCAGGCUGGGCCCUCUUGGGCCUCCAGGGCCACUUGGGCCUCUCAGUCUUCCCCGACCAUCGACGGGGACUGCUGGUCGGACCUGGCCAAGCCGCCGAAGGCGUGGGCCAGAGUCACUGCGGGUGCUGUGCGCAGAUGCCAAGCCACUGGCAAAGCCACGCUGUCUGCUGCUAACGCACCAACUGGUGGCCCAACAACAUGUUGAAGACGAUGGUAAAGUCUCAAGAACUUCAGCGAAAGGAAAGUGGCACGUGCUGGCAGCCAGCAUCGAAAAGCAAGCGGAGUCGCACAAGAAUGUCAUCGAUGCAGCUUUGGCUUUCCUGAUGGCCAUUGCAAAAGAUGCUCAGUUCGAGCGACAAAGGCCAGUUCUGUUGCCGUUGAUUCGCUUGGUGGAACCCUCUACGUACAUUGACCCUGACGACGCUCAACGAACCCCAUAUUUUGUGGGCCACCAAUGGCUGUCUUCUCGGCUGCUUCAAUUGAAGCGCACGAUCAUAUCCAUGGAGGGCGUCAUAAAGCGUUGUCAAAGAUUUGAGAAGAUUCGCGUGCAGGUGCAGGGCCUGCUGAUGGACCUCGGCGAGAAGCGACGAACCUCGCAGGUAAACGGUUUGCGGAAGCUGCCGGCAGUGCCACUUGCGAGGAGCCAACAAGAGGAGGACGAGCCAGGGGACAUGGCAGAGGUGCCCAAGGAGAACUUGGAUGUGGCUGCAGAGCGCUUUGCACAUGAUCUUGCGGCCGGAAGAUCUGGGCGCUCAUCACUGAUUUGGCUUUGGGGAGUUUGGAAACUCAUGCAUCAAGUGCUCAUGCGACGCCGUCGCAAGAAGGGCGAGCUCCUGGAGCGGACUCUCAUAGGCGACUUGGUGGCACCUCUUCGACAUUGGAUGAUUUUUGGCGUGGAGAACCGUGCCGACAGCAAGUUGAUAACCUAUCACACCUAUUUGCAAGAGCGGCAAAUGUACACCAGGACGGCUUUGGACCUGCAGAACAAGAAGGAGGACCUUGUGCUUGACCUUCAAGUCAGUCACAACUCAUGCCGCAGACUGACAAGACAAUUGGAAGCUAAACGAAAAGAGCGGCAAAGUUUGCAUCAGAGACUCCUUGAUGUCCGACCUGACGAUGUCCGCACCAUGCUUUCCAGAGUUCUGGAUUUGACAUUGAUUGAAGUCUUGCAGCAAGGCUGCCUGCAGCGGACGAGAUUCCGCCUGAAUUUCUUGACACGGGAUUUAGCACCAUUGCUCAUGCCAGAUGAGGACAGCCCGUGGCGGUUGUUUGGCUUCACUGGGGAUCAAGUUCUCACUCGCUGGGCAAAUCAUCAGUUGGCUCAAUUCAAAUUGGUUGCGAAUGAAGUGCUCGAAGCAAUGUCCAAACGAAACUCGGAGGAGGGCAAUGUCGAGGGGGAGGUGGAGUGGUCGGCUCGAGAGAUCGAGACCUAUGGAGAGCGGUGCAAAUUGGUGAGAGCAAUGAAGCACUUGGGGCACCUCGAGGAUGAUCAUGAAGGUGUGUUGUUCGCAGUGAUCUAUGGAGCAGUUUGUGCCAAUGGCUCCAAUGGCUCGCAGCCGCAUCCAGUGAGUUUGUGGCCCUUGGAUGAGAAGGAACCUGAGGUCAAGGCCCAAGCGCUCUGCCAAGCUAUCCGACAAGUGAUCCCAACUCGGGCCAAGCACUUGCUGCAACCGAAUGAUGUCAUGCUAAAUACCAAAGGCGGGCUGAUUCCUGCAGUUUUGGCAGUGAUCUUCAUGAGCAAUCCGACAUUGCCAUGCUCCGCAAAACAUGAGAUCUUGGGAGCUGCCUCCUUUGCAAUUGACAGUGCCAUUUCGCAGGAGGUGUACAAGGAGCCGCGAAAGAAGAAGAACCAGGAUUCCUUCACUCCUGCUGAGCUUUUGCUUGAGCCACAGCAAGAUGCACAGCAACGUGCCAAAGAUCUUCGAAGGAGAGUAUUUGCCUGGCUUGACGAUGCAGAGCGGGCAACUACAGUCGAGCCAGGGACGCACGCAGAUCCGGCACCGAAGUCCAUAUUCACACAGAUUGAAUCAUUGGCGGGUGCCUGGGCAAUUGAGAGACCUCAGGACUUCUCCCCGUUGCUGAAACCAGAAGAGGGCCAAUCAGAUUUGCUUACGAUCCCAGCGCACGAGAUUCUACUGCGCUGGGCAAAUUUUCACUUGAAAGAGAUUCGCAGUGUCGAAGCCACAGGGGAGGAACCUGGACGCAACGUGCUUCCGAACUUGAACGAGCUGGAUCUUUCAAUUCUUUUGGAACUGCUCACGAAGUUGGCUCCUGACGUGAUGACCAUCCACGAGGAUAUGCAGAAAAGCCUGGAGAUGGCACCGAACCCUGCUGCAACGGAAGCCGCCACCCUGCGAUUGGUGGUGGCAGUGGCAAACCGCUGUUCGAGCUACCAGAUCCUCACAGAGGAGGUGUUGCGGGAUGGACAGACCGACAUGAUGGCCGCUUUCCUGGCUGAACUUAUGGUGCAUCGUGCACAUUUGCCAGUGGGUGCAAAAACGUCCACCGGGCGGCAUAUGGAGCAGCUCAGCUCCAUCGUCCUGGAGGCAGCCAAGACAGAGUCCGUGCAGAACCUGUGCACCUACCUUCGCAACAGACGUGAACAUUUGCCGAGCUCCUUGGAAGCUAUGCGGGCACAUGAAAAGAUCUCCGAAGCCGUGAAGGGCAAAAUGAGGUCCUUUGCAUUGAAGAUGCUGGUGAAAAGGUCACAGGGUUUGCCCUGCGACAUGUUGGAACUUGCGCAACAGCUGCCAAAGGGACAACGAGGAGACUUGGUGUCCAGCAGCAACAUCCAGGCCACGAUUUCUAGAGAGAUGGGCAGGAUAUCAUCACAAGGUGAGCAGGCCUCUUUGCUCUCGGCAGACUUAGCCCGGGGUCUUGAGGAUCCGAGGAAAGAAUGCGCAGAAGCACCUAGUCUAUCAAGUGAGCUUGCGGCCCAGGUCAAAACUGCAGUGGAGGACGUGCUUAAGAAGCAUAUCGCCACCUUCCGCGAUGUGUUCCGGCAAUAUGCUCGUGAAUGCCACACUCUGGAGUCGGACACCAGAGCCAGGACUGCAACCUCAUCAAUGACUAUCGAAGCAGCGCAUGUCCUGGUGGUAAGCCCGCGACAUUUGAUGAAGCUUUACCGUGACUGUCGCCUGUACGUGCUUCGGCUCAGCUCCCUGGAUGUGGAGGAGGUCUACAAUGAGGUGAAGAUGCAACAUGCCUUCGCAAACCAAUUUGAAGAGGUGCCGCGCUUCGAGACAGGCUUAUCCUUGGAGAUGUUUGUGGAGGCCUUGCUGACCUUGGCGUGUCGGGCUCACCUGGAGGACUUCCCACCAACGGCAUUCCACGACAAGCUGGAGCACAUGAUCGAGAGCAAUCUGAUUCCUCACGCUGGCACAAAGCAGGAUGAUGUGGUGUACCAACUCUUGACAGACGAGUCCUUGGAUGAGAUCAUUGAGGACUUCUCUCCGAGGCUUCGUUCCAUCUUCGUGGCCUAUGCAAGCAGUACUUCGGAAAGGGGCAACAAGCACCGCCAUCGUGGCGCCAUAGUGAAGUCAAUGGCGACGCAGAAGCAGGCCAUGACGAUGUCUUUGGACUCCCUGACAGAGAUGCUGCAGCACUGUGGCUUGAUGUCGGAGACCGUGCAUCGAGCUCGAUUGGGCCGCAUCUACAUGAAUCUUUUGCAGCUGCGGCGUUUCUCUCAAGAUGAACCAGAUGUUGAUGAGGAGCUGCGAUCACCUUCGCUUUCGCAAGAGGACCCAGAUCAGCUCACAUCCUUACUGGAGGAUGAUGUGGGUGCUUCCUUCCAGUACAACAUGAGCUUCCAGGAAUUCUUGGAUGGCUUGAUCAUCCUGACCCUCUUCAAGGAGCCCAAUCCCUUUGUUGCCUUCAACACCCGCUUGGAGAAGUUCCUGAGGUGUGGGGUUGUGGACCCUCUUUUCCAGUUCGCCAACAACUCUUCGGAGCCCCGCUUUCGCUCUUUGCCACUCGGAUGAUGCCUUCCAGAAGGAUGUCUCCGCCCAGGGCAUUAAAAAGAAGCUGAAGAUGGCAGAAGAGGAUUAGCCGAACGCAGUGGUGCAUAGUGAACAGGAUGAAAUUGAAACUAACUGCUUAAGUCAAGACCUUUGUUUGUCUCAAGGAUUUGCUCUGUGGAACAGCGCGAAACUGUAAGUUAUGCAAGCAAAAUUUUGAUUCUUUUUAGUGGCCUUGCCUUUUACCGCGUCUUCGCAGAUGCAAAUCUUGGGUACUUCCUGUGCAUAAGAAGUUUGCGAGCCAAAGAGAUCCUGCAGAUAGCGGAAAUAUCAAGCUUUUUGUCGAC